AUAGACGGAGCCGAGCGUCAUUUAAUCAUCAGAGAGAACAAAGAGUUUCUAACGGAGUGAGUCUGGAGGAAAAGCUGCUGUGAAUCAGUCAAAAUGUCUAAAGUCCAAACGCUGAGAGCUUUUGUGAAGCAGCGACUAACUGCGGCUGCUGAAGAGAUAUUUGAGCAGUUUGAAAGAACGAUAGCAGAGUACGAGGAGGAAGUUUGUCGACAACAGAAACUACUGGACGCUGUUUUCAAGCCUGAAGUCCGGUUACACAGAGCAGACGUCCAGCUGCUGUUGGGGAGGAAAGAAGAGGAUCCUCCUGAGCAGCAGGACUGGAGAUCCAGUCUGGACCAGGAGGACCCAGCAGAGCCGCCUCACAUUAAAGAGGAACAGGAGGAGCUGUGGACCAGUCAGGAGGGAGAGCAGCUGGGAGGUCUGGAGGAGGCUGAUAUCACCAAGUUCACGUCCCCUCCUGUCCCUGUGAAGAGUGAAGAAGAGGAUGAAGAGGAACCUCAGUCCUCACAGCUUCAUCAGAGACAAACUGAACAGAUGAGGACAGAAUCUGAUGGAGAGGACUGUGGAGGACCAGAACCAGCCAGGACCUCAGAUCCAGAUGCACAUUUACCACCUGAGACUGAUGACAGGACUGCAGAUUUUUCUAAACUUAAGGAAAAAGUCAGUGAUGAUUGGAAGAAAUGCAGUGAACCUGAGUCAGGUUUAAACUGUCUGAAAAAUAACAGUGAAUGUCGUUCUGCCAGGAAAUCAUUGAGCUGCCUUGUGUGUGGUAAACGAUUCAGCCAUAAGUCAAAUCUUCAGACACACAUGAGAAUUCACACAGGAGAGAAACCAUUUAGUUGUUCUUUCUGUGGAAAACGAUUUGCAGAAGGCUCAAAUUUGAGGUCACACAUAAAAGUUCAUACUGGAGAAAAACCUUUCAGCUGCUCAGUUUGUAAAGUUAGUUUCAGUCGCAGAGACGGUUUGACCAGACACAUGAGGACCCAUACUGGGGAGAAACCAUUUAGUUGUUCUGUGUGUGGUCGAAGAUUUGUACAAAAUGCACAUCUGAAAUAUCACAUGAGAAUCCACAUGAGAAACCAUGAGGUUUCAGAGUUCGUCACAAAGGAUUCACUCGGCUCCAGACUUUAAAAACACACGAGUGUGUUUGAGAGCAGCAGAAACACAUGAGAUGCUGGUUGAAACUGAUAUUUCAUCCUUUCCAAGAACUUUGCUUUUUGCUUCAUUCAAAGUAUUUUCUGUCAGCUGCACAGCGUUGUGGUCAACAUCUGUUCUCUUGUUAAAUAAUGUGAUCACUCAGAUCUCAUAUGUGUGUCGAGAGAAUUGAAGGUUUUGGAAUCAUUUUUCAUCCCAUGAGUGUGUGUGUUUAUUGCAUUUAUUUUGUUGGAACAAAAACCCAAGAGACUCCCAAG